ACCAUAUAAAAGCUCUCUGCUCACCGGCACAGUUGCUCAGCUCACCUAACUCAAUACAUGGAGAAGAUACAGACCAAACGUUUGGAGGAGACACCGGAGCUACACAAACAGGAAUCAGGAUGGUGUAUACCACGGCUCUGCUCUUUGGACACGGAGUGCCCGUCUUGUCAGAAGAAGAAAGUGUCAUGGACAUGAUAGGAAAGUACUUCCUCCAGCUCACAUCCCCGGGCCGAGAGAGGAGCUCAGCCCGGCGGGGAAGCGUCGAGAGCUGCGAUGAGACGGAUAACAACUCGCUUUUUGCCAACCUGGAUGCUGGUCUGGAGGACGGAGAGAGACUCCUUCAACAAGACGUGACCCGGCAGAUAGAGCGCUGUCUGACAGAGGCCAAGGCGUCCAUCCUCCACUGCCAGGUGUUGCUGCUGCCUCGCCACAUGACCGCCAGGGUUGGCCAGGACGUGAUGCGUUCAUCAGCUGAUGAACCCUGCGGGCUGCGGGGCGCCUCCAUCAAGGUCUACAUAGAGGGUAAAGAUGGCCUCAAGUCCCUGGGGAGCAUCUUUCCAGACCCAAGUGUCACCCCUACCUUUGAACUGUCUGUGGUCUUCAAGGCAUGUAAAGAUGACGGCUGGCCGCCACUCAAGCACAUCUUCGAUACCAACAAAGUGCUGAAGCUGAGACCAGAGUACCGGCUGGUGAAGAGGAAGCUCUACUCCUCUGCCAGUCCUGUUAUUCAUGAUUUCAACUAGGGGUGAAGAUAAGAACCCCUGUUUCACUGUUUGUCUUUUUUGUGUUAAUAUCAUUCCUGACCUCAUGUUUUAAAUGUCAGGCUACAUGCACAAGAGUUGGCCUGGCAUGCACUGGAGUUUACUGUGAUGUAUUUUAGCUGUAGGGAAGUGGAUGAUAUUUUAUGUUGUAUGAAUGUCUAACGUAAUGCAGGAAGUCACACUGUGUUUUUCUGCACCCUGUAACCACAGGAUUUUGCACAGAUGGGUUGAAUGUUCAAAGUAUACACUGUAAAGAUGAAAACUUCUUCUCAGGAAUGGGCAGGUCUCAUUCCUUAAUUGUGCCAUACUUUUGUUAUACAAAUGUUAAAUAAAUUUUUUACACUACUGUUA